AUGUUUUAUAGCACCCUGCCGUGUUUCACUGGCACGGUAAUCCGAGCCGGGCUCAGCCUGAACUUGUACGAGAACCAACCGUGCGGCUUACCGGGCACAGCCGCGCAGUCUGCCCCGGGCACCGUGAGCAAGUUCCCCUGUGACGCACCGUACCUUGCCCGCUACGUCACCCUGGACAUCGACCCGUUACUGCGUGAAGUUAUCCACCCCAUGCUGAAGAUCGCCGAAGUUGAAGUCGAGGUCUACACGGCUGUGGAAUGUACCACUUUGUCAGCUUUUUCUGUCAUUGGUAAGCCAGCGUGGCUGAGCACUACACAUACCAGCUUUCUUGCGGGAAACGCUGUCGACGGUAAUCUUGCGACCAUCGCUCACAACGGAGGUGGUGACCCACAUCCUGUGUUGAGAGUUGAUCUGCAAGAGGAGGUUUGCAUGGGACGGGUGACCAUCACGCUACGCGACUCAGGCUGCGGCCCACAGCCGUGUUUCCUUGGCACGGUCAUUCGCGCCGGGCUCAGCCCCAACUACACCAACAACCAACCGUGCGGCUUACCGGGCACAGCAGCGCAGUCCACCCCGGGCGCGGUGAGCAAGUUCCCGUGCGACGUACCGCGGAAUGCCCGCUACAUCACCCUGGACAUCGACCCAUCCCAGCCCGGCGUCACCGCCCCUACUCUAAAGAUUGCCGAGGUGGAAGUCGAGGUGUACACGGCUGAGGAAUGUGCCACCGAACCUGCCGUUGAUACAAACUUGGCCUACUUUAGGAAGUGGUACGAGGGAGGCUCCAUUGUUAACCCUGACCCCCUGUCGACAAAGAGGGCGUCAUCUCUCACUCGAUGCGCCCUCUACUGUCUGAAACAUGCCAGUUGUUUGUCCUUCGAGUUCGCAGCAGUCCUGGGCCAGUGUCACCUCUACAGCCAAACAUCGGAGGAUAUCGAGAUGACUUCAAACACCGACUUUAACAUCUACGUGCGACAGUACUAA